CCUAGCAGCCGCUGUGCUGGCAGCGCCGCACCUGACACUAAACUGCCUAAGUUAUGUGGGGUCAGAGCACAAAGUAAUCAUUGUUGGUCUGGAUAAUGCAGGAAAAACAACCAUUCUUUAUCAAUUUUCUAUGAAUGAAGUGGUACAUACCUCACCUACAAUAGGGAGUAAUGUUGAAGAGAUAGUGGUUAAUAACACACGUUUCCUAAUGUGGGAUAUUGGAGGGCAGGAGUCCCUUCGAUCUUCAUGGAAUACCUACUAUACAAACACUGAGUUUGUGAUAGUUGUUGUGGACAGCACAGACAGAGAGAGAAUUUCUGUAACUAAAGAAGAACUAUAUAAAAUGUUAGCACAUGAGGACUUGAAAAAAGCAGGUUUGCUGAUCUUUGCUAACAAGCAAGAUGUUAAAGAGUGUAUGACAGUAGCUGAAAUCUCUCAGUUUCUGAAACUAACUUCAAUUAAAGAUCACCAGUGGCACAUUCAGGCAUGCUGUGCUCUAACUGGAGAGGGACUGUGCCAAGGACUCGAAUGGAUGAUGUCGAGACUUAAGAUCAGAUGAUUUUUAAUGACCUGUUUGCACAGACAUUGCUUUAAAAAAAAGAAAAAGAAAAAGCUGUACCCAUGAUUACCUUGACGGUCGCAGAUUUAAUGAGUUAGAUGUAUUUAUAUGGAACUGAUUUCAACUUCAUUUUCUACAUAGAUACAAACACCUAUAUGAAUUAAGACCAUUCAGCAAAAAGAAAGAUGCAGUCGAUGGCUCCAGUUCGGUUUCCUGGUUUUUUUUUUUUUUUUUUUCCUGGGGAUGCGUGUAAAAGCUGUGAUCAACCUUCUUUUCAAGAUACAGCCACUCACAACGGUCUGAUGCUGAGCGUGGUGAAGAUGAAGUGAGAGGAAGGAGCUUUUAAUUUUGAGUUUUAUUAUUCCAUUGUAGUCCUCUCUUGUUGAAUAAGUUGGCUUCAUUAUUCCAGUAAAUUAGCAAGCAAAUCAAUGGCAUAGAUAUCAACUUUCCAGUAUUUUUAAAGUUACUGAUGCUACAGAUGCAAAAAUAUUUUCCUGUAUGUGUACUGUACAUAUUUGUGUAUAUUUAUACCUCAAUUUUAGGUUAAUUGCAAUCUGUUCAGACCAGUGUGUAAAACUGAGUCAAUAUGUUGACAAUAGUACUAAUAUUUGACAUUUCCAACACGUCAGAAGUUCUUUUCUUUUGUUAUCUGUACAGCUGUAAUGUCCAUCCGGCACCUGACUCACCACAACUUUAUAAAGCAAACUCUCUUUUAAGACAAUUGCUUGUUUCUCCCAUGACUUUUUUUUCAUUAGGGAAGAUGCCAUAAAGGAUUGGGACCUAUGGAUUGAAUUUUAAACUGCAGUAUUGGCAAACAGUGAAAAUUUGCCAGAGUUUAAAACAAAACUAACUUUUUAAUUGUAGUUGCCAUUGGAUUCGAUGAUUUCAAAAAGUACAUGUCAUCCUGUCCUGUGCUACCGCUUUUUCUUUUUUGUAGUACAUGUUCAUUUAUGAUUUAAGUCUAGUAAAAGUACCUUUAGCUUUCGUAAAGGGGAAAACGCCUUUUUUUUUUUUUUUCUUUUUCCUUAACCAAAGAAGAGACAUGAAAGUAUUUUUAAAAGUCCCACUGGAAUCUUGCAAAACUAGUCAUACUCUGUAUUAAGUGUUUUUCAGAGGAAGAGGCACACUUCUCUCUGAUACUCCAAAAUGUGCACAUAGAUAUGUGCAGUGGAUUGAACUGGGAAGGGGAAAGGGGGACACAAUAGAUUACACUACUUGAAAAGCUGUGGUCCCACAGAAGUUGCUGGCAGUACUUCUGGAAAAUAACUCCCUUGCAUGAUCCCCAGGUGAGUUAUAAAGAAGUAUCAGAACACUAUGUAAUUAUCUUUUCUCACUGUAUUAUUUAAUGGGAUGGAUGUCCAUACGGAAGAAGCUUGAGAAUUAUCGUUUUAAUGGAUACAGGCUUUUCAUUAGGAUGAAAGUUGGAUAGUUUGAAAUGUUAUCAGUGCUGUGAAAGUAUACAUAGCCUUAAUUGUAGGCUUUUACGUUGGAGAUGUGUUUGAGGAGUAUCGUAAAAUGAAAUAAAACUUUGUUUAAAAUGUCCUUCCCUUUCUUAGCUCAUGAAUUUGAUAAGGAUGGAAAAGGCAUUUUAAAGGAAAAGCUUAGUUUGAACUUUUAAAGGUGCCUACAGACAGCACAUCUUUGUUAGGUGGUAAUGUAGUCAGUACGCCUGCCUUCCCAUUUGACUGCUUUGCUGGGGAUCAUGUUGUGAAUUUGUGGAGGGGCAAAAGGGAGCCAAUUUCAAAAGUCUUUAUUUAAUAAAGGCAGGUAAAGAAUGCAACUUUUUAAUAUGUUUUUGCUAUCUCCUUAUUAUGCUAACUGGGUAGGGAAUCUGCUCUCUGUUAAACAUUUUAAUGUGUACAUGCAUAUGUUUAUAGUGCAUGCACAUAGCUAUUGGUGUUUAACUGGUGUAUUGCAAAAUGUAUACAUGUUUGAAGAAGUAAUUAAUGCAAAGACUUUUUUCACUUUACCUGAUAAUAUCCUCAAGAAACAAGCUCUGUGCACACUUGCAUAUAAAACCGAAUUGUACUUUUUAUAGUCUUAAAUCAGACUUGCUUAUAAACAUAAAUGUUUGGGCUUUGAGUCGUAUGUCUUCCCUUCCAUCCCUUUGACGUACUUCACUGUAGUAUUUUUAAAUUCUGUAUUUUGCCUGAAUGUGCAGGUUUUGUAUGUGUGUUUUUUAAGAAAAUGAGUUUUAAUGGAACAAAAACCAUGGGGCAGUAUUCUUAUACCUACAUUUUGCUGGAAUUUGCUGCUCAUUCCCUUGCUUAAAUUUUUAGGACAUGGUGUAUGUUUUAUAUAAUGAAAAUGUAUUGGUUUUUUUCCAGGUGUAGCCUGUGUUGCGAUACUGUUUACUCUCGCUCUCCUUUUCCCUCUCAGUAUUCUGGCUAUUUCCACUUUCUGUGGCCUCUGCAAUACUGCACGGUCCACUUAAUUUUUAUUUUACAAGGGCCAAGAGACCCUAGCGGGGAGAUGAGAAUAACAGCGUACGUGGAAGACCGCCUGCUAAAGCAAUGUCCCUUGUGCCCUGAAGUGCUUGUAGUCCAAAACGUAGGCAGAUGUCUGUGUGUUGAGCAGUGCACAAUAGAGCCUUGACCAGCUGCAAGAGUGGGUGUGUGUCAUAUCGCAUAUGAGGAGGCUUCUUUUUUAUUUUGUUAUCGCAGAGUAUUUUAGAGGUUAUCUUAGAGGGAAGAUUUGCUGUGUCAGUAGCUAGAAUUUGGUGGUGGCCAGUUCUGUCUGAAGCAUCAGGUUCUCUAUUUGCCGUUUCCAAGAAUGACAGGUUUUGUCUGUGGUAACUGGGUGACUCUCUGUUCCCCCUUGCUAAGCAGAGGUGACAAUCCAAAUUCUCACCUUGCCUGAUUUUUUGACUUUGCUUAAAAUUAAGUGCAGCGAUUCUCUCGAAGCAGGGUAAGAACAGAAUGUCUGCAUCCUUGUGUUGCCGUGAAAGUGUUUUGUAAAAAAAAAAACUACCUGAAAGUGUUUCAUGAAAACAAGUGUAUCUACUCCAAAAACUGAGAUGAUCAUUAGCAGAAUUUAUGAGUAUACACCCUCGUGAUAGUAUUGUAGCUGAGAUGGUCUUUUCCUACACACUUUGCCUUUUGUGUAAGUUUAGUUUUUACGUGUUUUUUUUUUUUUCUUUUUUUAAACUUAGUCACUGGGUAGAGUUGGGGAAGAGUAGAGAAACUUUUGAACACACAAGCCCUUUUUUGUCAUUCUUGUUUACAGCUUUUUCUUUUCCCCUUAGGACAUGUCACCCUUUUUUGCUCAACUGUGUAGUAGUAAAGGAAAUUUAACUUUGUGUUGAUGCUGUUUUCAGUGCAUUCAGUUAUUGUUUAGAAGUCAUUGUCUUAACAAUGACUCAUGAACUUUAUUUGUACUGCUUUUGUGUUUUCACCCUUUGUGUGUGUUGUGUUGUCUUGACCUUCAGCUAAAACUUAAGAUUGCUUACUGCUCUUUGUUCUUCAUAUAAUUCAUUCUUAGGAUAUUAUAGGGAAAAAGGAAUGGCUUUUUAAAAAGGGUUAUUUAAGUUGAUGCUGCAGAAUGCCAUUUUACUGGCAAAAUUAUAGCAGUAAAUCAUAUAUUUCAAUAACUUAAUAUUUUAAGAUGUUUCUUUUAGGUUAGCAAAUAAGCUUGGUAAAUCAGCUGUAAUGUGUGCUGCUCUGUGAUCUGGGAAUUACACAGAUUUUUAAAUUGUGACGGGAGGUAGGAUAUAGAACUUUGAAAAUGUGAACAGGCAUCUAGUAAUCAUCACUAUUUUGUUUUUUUCAGGGAGGCUUAAUAGCUGUUUUCCUAUGCAUUAUGUAGUAUGGUCCUAGGUGUAUGUAUGCACGUGUGAAUGCUAAAUCUAUCUGAUAGGCACCUAAUACAGUCUAUGCAGCCCAAGUGCCUAAAACUAAUUCAGUAAUCAGUUUUUUCCUCUGUAUGUUACAAUUUCCGUUUUCUUUAAAAAUAGAUAUAUUUGUAUAAAAGCAUCUCGUUGUGUUUAAAUGAGUGUUCUUUCCCCUCACUACAUAUCAGAUUUAACAUGAUUUAUGACAAAUUUAUUUUUUGCAAUUCUUGAGGCUUUUUACCAUCUACAUUCCAAGCACUUUACCACUUAUCAGACGUUAUAGAGAUAGCUUCCUUUGUGAAAGACAAUACUAAAUUUAUCCUUGUAACAGAUUGGUUAACUAGAAUUCUUUUCAAGAAACUGUGUUUAAAAACCGUAAUCCAAGAAUACUUGGCCUUGUACGCAUCCUCAUGUAAGUAGUUCCUUUCUAAUUGGCUAAUAAAACAUUAGCUUUGCUAGGCUGUCAGACAAAUUAUGUCUGGAAAAUAUAUUUUUUUCCAGCUAAUUAAAAUGAAUGUAACAUUAAGCCUUUUAAAUGGUGCAUCACUGAGCAUUAUAGGAUAAGAAUGAUGUGAUUUUACAAAGAACGGCACUAAGAAAGAAAAAAUGUCUUUGCAUAGAGUUGUGAUAUGUAUUAUAAAUAUAAAUGUGACUUGAAUAUAAUUGUUGCAGUGAAUAUAUUAAACAUACACAAGUAAGAAAUUA